GAAGACACGAGAGCUGUCGCGAUAUACCGUUUCCGCCCAAAGAGUCUCACUACGUCGUACGAUAACUUUCGCCCCAUGCUCGGUUGUGAGGUUUUACUUUUCAGCACUCGAUACGCCCCCCUGAUCUGUUCAUCUUCCUUUCCUUCAUCGAACGCCCAAAUAUCGUUCGAGAGCUCUCUUCCAAGUCCGCAAUCAUGGUUCGCUCUCGAUCCUCCUCGCCCUCAGUAUUCACGACGUUCAUUCGCUGGCUACGGCUGAAGAAUUACCAAUAUGAAGUCACCUUUGCGCUCUAUAUGCUCACUCCAAUGGAGAAAUUCAUCUUCAACACCCUGCUGCUCCUUGUAAUAUCCAUGUCCGUCGCCGCUGCGUACAUCUACUUGCCGAACCACAUUGUUUCCAUCUGCCAGCAUGUCUGGUACUACUGGACGGGCGGCGAUCCGUUCACCGGUUCAUCGUCCAAGCUCCGCCUAGCCGCUAAUCUGUCUGCCUCGUCGUUGCCCGCUGCUGAGAUGCUAGCACAACAGAAUGUCAUCGUGGACACUGGGAAGGUGGCUGCUGAGACCACCGCAAAGAGGCUUGCUGAACUAUAGUCCAGUCUCUUGAGCCGUUUCCUUUGUCCCUUUCUGUUGACUAUUUUUAUGUACUCCUUUCACUGAACCCGGUGUGCCUUUGCUUUUUUUAGACGGGAUAUGAGAUAAUGAGAGGCGUUGCCUUGUUUCCUUUUCAGGGUCUUGUCCUUUUUGUUGUGGCCUGCGUUGCCGCUGUUUUAUUUCCUUCU